AUCAGAUCAGACACAAACCCGGAGGAGCUUCAGAACACUUUAGUCUUGAACGCGCGCGCGCUGAGUGGCUUUACAUUUUUGUAUUUUUAUUUGUUUGCAUCGUUUCUUUCUUUUUUUUUUUUUCUUUUUUGUUUGUUUUUGUUUUGUUUAUUUGUGCGUGCUCGUGCGCGCGUGUGUGUGUGUGUGCUUUAUUCGAGUAUGCAGUUGGAGAGUCUGCUCCCCAGCUUACCCAAGACUUUCUACACGCUCUCCUCCUCUUCAUCCUCCUUAUCUUCUUCAUCCUCCGACAGCACGAGCCCGGGAUCCGCGCACACGCACGCAAACAGCGCGCACAGCUUCCCUGAGGCGGAGCGGACCGAGCCCGAGCCUGACCCGGUAAAGAAGUACCGAUCAGCCAUGAUGAUUAGCGGCACCGGGACCAGCAGCAGCACCGCAGGUGGAGGAGAGCGCGAGGCAGAGGAGUUCUCCACCGGAAGUAAAAGCAGGAAGAGUUCUCCGGUGAUUGGGGGAGGAGGAGCACCAGCACCACCCGCAGCAGGAGAUGAGGAUGAAGAGCUCGUGACCCGGCGCUACGGGAUCGAGGAGCUCGGUACCGAGCGCUACUUCAUCUCGCCGAGCUCGGAAGCGAGCGCGUGCUCGUUGUUCCCGUACGGAGCGCAGGGCAGCUCGGUGUACGGCGGCGCGGGCGCGCGUUACUCCUCACCGUACCCGUCCGCCGCUUCGGUGCUCGCGCCCCCGCCCCCUCCUCCUCCUCCCCCGCCGCCUCCGCCGGGCGCCGUCUGCAGCUCGCGCGCCCAGCUCGCGCCUCCGUCCGCCGCCGCCGCCUAUCAGUUCGGCCAGGGGCCCACGUGCCUCUACCCCUCAUACCACCCCGGGCUCGCGGUGGGCAGGGCGCAGGUGUACCUGUGUAACCGCGCGCUCUGGCUCAAGUUUCACCGCCAUCAGACCGAGAUGAUCAUCACCAAGCAGGGCAGGCGCAUGUUCCCGUUCCUGAGCUUCAACAUCGCGGGACUGAACGUGAGCGCGCACUACAACGUGUUCGUGGAGGUCGUGCUCGCGGACCCGAACCACUGGCGCUUCCAGGGCGGGAAAUGGGUCACGUGCGGAAAAGCGGACAACAACAUGCAAGGAAAUAAGAUGUACGUGCACCCAGAGUCCCCGAACACCGGAGCACACUGGAUGAGGCAGGAGAUUUCCUUCAGCAAACUCAAGCUGACCAACAACAAGGGAGCGAACAACAACAACACCCAGUCGUUGCAGUCUCUCCACAAGUACCAGCCGAGGCUGCACAUCGUGGAGGUGAGCGAGGACGGCGUGGAGGACAUGAGUGGUGAAUCCAAAACUCAAACCUUCACAUUCCCUGAAAACCAGUUUAUUGCAGUCACCGCUUACCAGAACACAGACAUCACACAGUUAAAGAUCGACCACAACCCGUUUGCUAAAGGUUUCCGAGAUAACUAUGACUCGAUGUACACAGCUCCUGAGAGCGAUCGCUUGACCCCGUCCCCCACCGACUCUCCUCGUUCACACCAGAUCGUCCCGGGAGCUCGUUACGCCAUGCAGCCUUUCUUCCAGGACCAGUUUGUGAAUAAUCUCCCUCAGAACCAUCGUUUGUACGGUGGAGAGCGCGCCGUGCCGCAGACCAACGGCCUCUUGUCUCCUCAGAGCGAUGACUCGUCCAUCUCCGCCUCGUCCUCGUCCUCUGCUGCUCAGCGGUGGUUUGUCACCCCCGUCCAGCAGAACGAAGCCGAUUAUUCUGUGCUCCCGUAUGGCAUCAAGCCUCUUCCUCUUCAGAGCCCACACUCGUUUGGGUAUUACCCAGAAUCCUCUGCUUUUGCUUCAAUCUCAGCGGGAUGGAGUGGAGGCAGAAGUUCUUACCAGAGGAAAAUGGCUGCCGGUCUGCCUUGGUCUCCUCGUCCGAGUCCACCUUCCUUCUCCUUCCCUGAAGAUCCUCUCACCACCGCCACCACGAUAACGACAAGCAUUAAAGACAAGCUGCAGGACGAAGGGGCGGCGGUGACGGCAGGAGCCGGAGGAGUCUGGGGUCUGGAUACGACCUCCAGUCUGAAGCCCCUGGACAAAUUCGACGCUCCCUACGCCAUGGUGUGUAAACGACGACGUCUCUCAUCAGGAGCCGACGCUUCGCCGAGCAUCAAGUGUGAGGACGUGACGAGCGACGAGUACGGCAAAGAGCAGCCCAAGAGCUACUACGCCUUUUACACCAGCCCCUGAAUCAAUCUUCUCCCCAUCCCUCCAUCCCUCCAUCCCUCCAUCCCUCCUCACUUUGCUCUUUUAAAGUGCUUUUAAAACCUUUUUUUAAUUAUUGUUGUUGAUUAUUAUUAUUAUUAUUAUUAUUAUUAUUAUUAUUUUAAUGCACGUGUCUAGGCUCUGUGCUCCUUAUCGUGAUCCUGAUUGGUUAAAUUUCUUUUCUUUGAUCUUUUUAAACAAUCUGCUGUUUUUAACAUUAUUUUCUAUUUUAAACAUAGAUAUAUAUAUUAUAUAUAAAAUCCGUGUGAUGCCCCUCACCCCUCUUUAAUUUAAGACCCUUUGGUUGUACAGUAUUUGUGCACUUUAGAUUGUGACGUAUCUUGUAUAAAUUGUCGACAUGGCACUGGUAUGAGAUGUGAAAUAAAAUGUGCUUUUCAUAAAGUU